GCAUCAGUCUUGAGAGAACGGCGGCAUGUUUCAUAACCACAUUUUUUCACUGCUCCUCCAUUCAGUUGCCACUUUGUUUCAAUGGUGUAAACAAAACUGAAACUGCUGUCCACUCAAACGAGUUGUUUGUGCGAUUAAUUAGUUUUGAUUUGCGGCAACCGGUCAAGUGGGCAGGCCGCGCGUGUUUCCAGCGUUCUUCUCCGGCAAACAAGCUGAUAUAGAAAUUACCGGCGGACCUCCUCCGAACACUCCUCUGAAUGCAUCGUCCGGCAGUAGUACCAGCGUACCACCGUAGACAACAGCAUCCACGAAGGCUGCCCGUCCUAUCGGGUCGCAUCAGUAUCAUCAGUUGAUAAGCGUAGUCUCGCUGGGGCAGUACGGCUCGCGUGAAGCUCGAGCGUAGAGUAUGAGUGUGUGCUGAUGGGUGACGACGACGUUCAGCAUCCCGUGGACGAGCCGGUGGUGGCUCGCCGGGAACGAUGGUACCAGAAGAUCACGGUGGAGCCGUCCAUGUUCCUGUACAUGAUGGCGUUCAUGCUGACGUCGGUGGUCGAGCAGGUGUUCUUCCUGUACAAAGCUUGUAUGGUGAAUCAUGGUUACUCGCACGAUGUUUGUAUCAAUAUUGAGCAGUACCAGGACAUCAAGAAGGAGGUCCAGAUCACGACGUCGACGUUCCACAUGUGGAACAACGUUGCGAUGUACGUGGUGCCGAUCGUGCUUGCGCUGUUCCUGGGUGCGUGGUCCGAUCGUCGUGGACGGAAGCUCCCGUUGAUCCUUGGUUUGAUCGGAAAGUUCAUCUACUCGGUUAUGAUCGUGGUCAACACCCGGAUGACCAACUGGCCCGUCGAGUACAUCAUCUACACGGCCACGAUCCCGAGCGUGCUGACCGGAGCGGACAUUGCCAUCUUUGCGUCCUGUUUCGCGUACAUCUCGGACAUUACCUCCGUCCAAGAUCGUACGAUCCGCAUCACGAUCUUGGACGCGACUUAUCUCAGCACGAUGCCCAUCGGCGUAGCCAUCGGAACGCUAAUCUACAACCGAACAGCAAAAUCCUUCACCAUUAUGUUCGCCAUCAACGCGUCACUCCUGCUCGCCUCGAUCGUCUACUCCGCGUUCCGGCUCAAGUCCCGAACCACCAACCGGCAGGUUUCGAUCCGGGAAUUGCGCUGGUACCGGAUGCCGGCGGACUUCUUCGACCGCAACCACGUCGUGCACUCGCUGCAAACCUUCUUCAAGAAGCGCACCAUGAACCGGCGAGUCUACCUGUACAUCCUGAUGAUCGCCAUGUCCUUCUACACCUUCCAGCGGGACGAAAAACCCAAAAUGUACCUCUACACGCAGCUCAAGUUCAACUGGGAUGCCGACAAGUACAGCUACUUCAAGACGUACCAAUCGGCGGCGUACGUCAUCAUGAUGUUCCUCGGAGUUCCGCUGUUUACCAAGGUGCUCGGCAUGCGGGACACGUUCAUCAUCAUGAUCGGCGCCACCGCGCACGCCUCGGCCCGCUUCGUCUACAUCUUCGCCCAGGUCGACUGGCUGCUGUACGUGGGGGCGACCAUCUCCAGCCUGGGCCCGGUCGUCGCGCCCGUGCUACGCUCGAUGAUCUCCAAGAUGGUGCCGGGCAGCGAGCGCGGAAUCAUCUUCUCCUUUCUGUCCGUGUUUGACAACGCCGUCCCACUGUUCAGCGGCGUUCUGUACACCCAGGUCUACAACGCGUCCAUCAACAGCUACCCGCAGGCCUUCUUCUGGCUGACCAUGGCCACCCAGGCCAUGGUGUUUGCGCUAACGCUGGGCGUCCACAUUUCACUCCGGGGGAGAACCUUCGAGCAGUGCACCACCGAAAAUGGGAACGGCCUGAUCGAGGACGAAAAAUUGCCAGCAGCCGGCGACGAUCGUCAGGUUGUUGCACCGGAACAGGAUGAAGCAAGCACCAAAUCGGACUGAAAGAACACACAAAUUUUACUCAAACGUCAGAUUUCAACCCCGAAAAGACUUAGCAUUAGUAUUAGAGUUCAC